AUGUUCCUUAGAAUUUCAUGCUUCACCGUGAUUCUCCACAUCAGCACCCCGAAGGAAGAGCUGAUCAAGCGGCUUCUGACUUCUAUAGGUCAGACAAAGGCAGCUGAAUCGCGGUUCAAGAACUUCUUCACAUACGGCAAUCCACAGUCCGCGCAGGAUGGAGUGCGCAGCCGUGGCAGCUCUGAGCUCCAUCACCAGACACCAGACUCUUGUGCAGGAGCCUUCGAGAACUCCGGGACCGGGUCCACAACCAGGAGCCCUGGCAAUCGUGGCUUUGGGGACGACUUCGAGCGCGCGUGGGAGGCAAAAGCCGAGGCAACCGGAACCAUUCCGGAAUGCCUUCGGGGCAACGGCGCUAUGCUGGGUCUGGCCCAGGCUUUCCCGGCUCCGGAAAGCAGAGGUCCGCAAGGCGCAGCUGGCGCGGCAGUCUUUGUGAAGUGCCUCUUCGGCCUGAAGACAACAGCGCAGUGGAGGUGUACCGGCAGCUUGCUCUCCAGUACCACCCUGAUAAGAAUCCCGGCCAGCUGCUGGUCCGCAGUGGGACUGCGUGCGCCUUUGUCGCCUGGUGUCACGUGCAAAGUGGCGCUUUUCACUUGUGGCAGGAAGAAGGCAGCAGCUGAGAUUAAGUUCCGAGAAGUGGCCGAAGCUUACGACAAGGUGUGCGAGUUCUUGCGGCAGAAGAAGUAG